AAGGGCGGGAAACUUUCAGCGACCAGAGAGAGAAGUGGAAGCUAUAGAGUCUAGAGAGAAAAGCGACGCAGAGAUCUCUGAAGAUGAGAGCCCCCGGGGCCGGACGCCGCCGUCCAAAGGAAUCCUUUGUGCCGGACUGGAAACCGCCGGCCACUCCUACCGCCGAUCCUUGGCAGUUCACCGGCGCAACCGGCCGGGACUCCGACGCGAGCUUCUGCAGCAGCCGCCCUUCCUCCGCCGGCAUCAACCGCUCCGGAUCCGGCGGCGCCUCCGUCCCGAUGACUGACCGCGGCUAUCAGAUCUGCGCUAUCAGGACCGUCAACUCCUACCUGGCCUCCCAUUCCGUCCAAUUCUCCUUAAAGCCGCCUCUCCCCUCCGCGAAGGACAUUACUGAAACCCUAAAGUUCGUCCUCGCUCGCCUCGAAUUUCCUUCGAACAAACUCGAAGAAGACCUCUAUGUUGUUCUGAAGCACCUCAAUUGUCCGAUCAAACUCAACAAAUCGGCGCUUCGAGCCCCUGGGACGCCACACUCAUGGCCUAACCUACUCGCCGUGAUUCACUGGCUGGUCCAGAUCGCAAUGUACAAUGAUCAUUUGAACGAAUCAGAGCAAGUGCCUUCGAUUUUCGAAGAUAAUAGUAUGUUUAUGUAUGCUACGAAUAGUUACUUGCAUUUUAUUCAAGGUGAUGAUGACUCUGUUGAAAUGCUCGACCGCGAGUUCAUGGAGAAGGUGCAGGCAGAGAGGGAUUCAGUGGAGGAGAAUGUGAAAUCUGUGGUUGCAAAUGUGAAGGAUUUGGAGGCAAAAUUGGAGAGCAUGAGGUCAGAGCCGUCAGCUAGAGAGUUGCUCGAAGAGAAGAAGAGUGUCUUGGAAGAGGAUGUGAAGAAGUUCCACGCUAUGAUUGAGCAGCUGAAGGGACACAUUGUGACCAUUGAGAAGGUUUUGGAAGAGAAAGAGAAGGAAUUGGAGGCCAAGGUUGGGGAGGACAAAAAGAUCUGUGAAGAGAAUGAUGACUUGAGGAAGAGAAUUGAGUUACAGGGAAUUAAUUCGAGGGAUGCAGAGAGGAUGAAGAGGGAGUUGCAUGCAGUGGAGAGAGAUAUUGCUGAGGCUGAACUUGCAAGGAAUACCUGGGAGGAAAAGUCCUGGGAUCUGGAUGCUACAAUUGGACACAAGUUUAAGGAGCUUGAGGCGCUUUCAAUUGAGUGCAACCAAGCCAUCAAAAGGUUAAAGCUUGGAAAUGGUUUCCAGUAUGAGUUGAAUGCCAAAGGGUCCACACCAGCUGAGAUACUGGGCAUCAACUACAAAUCAACGCUAAAGCCUGCACUUACCUCUUUUGCUGAUGACAUAAAGAAAAGCUCAAUGGAAAAAUUGGAGGAGCUGAUAUCCCUUCAACAAAUUUCAGUUGAUAUUUCUGCUAAAAUUGAGGCAAAAAGAAACCACAUUGCAGCAGUCCAGUCCCGGGUUGAUGAGUUGGAAGCUCAAUUGAACUCGGUGAAGAGGGAAACACAGGAAUAUACUUCCAGAUGUCUAGAAGAAGCUAAAAAGAUGAUAGAGGAAAUUGAAGCAGAUGCCCACAAAUUGGAUAUUGUUGAAAGAGAAGCCGCAGAGUUUCUGAAGUCCGCUGAACUGAAGUUGCAGGAAGCCACAGUGCAAGACGAGGAAGAAACUCAGUUAUGCGCUCGGGAACUUUUUGCAUUGGUUGAUUCAGUUUCUAAAUACAAAGAGUAUGUGGCAUCAAAAAUCUCAGAGAUGAAGAGUGCUCUGUCUGAAACUGCCGUCUCUGUGUCAAAUUUGUACAAGGAUUCUUUGACAGCACAGUUUGGUCUUAUUUGACGUAUUACGAGCCACUGGUCUUCAAACUGGUAAGCAUUAAACUUUUAACAAUCUGACUUUUUGCUUAGAGAGGACUGCCAGUCAGUAACACACUCUCUCCCAGACUUAGUUAAGGAGUCUCUUCUGCUUGCUGUUUUUAUUCAUUUUUAUGAUCAAUGGUAAAAGUGAUGCUGUUUAUACAAUGAUAUUAAAAUUGCCACGAA